AUGGAGCAAUAUCUUAACUUAUCCGAUGAUGGCGAAGCACAGCCUAAUUUGGAUUUGGAAUUAAAAUCCUUCUUUGACUUUAGUCAAGAUUCAUCAAUUAACCAAGAUCCUUCUGCAGUUGGUCCCAACAAUACUGCUUAUUCAGAACAGGUUUUUCCUGAAUUCACAUUUGAAACUGAAUCUAGCGGAAAAGAGUUUCAAUUUGGUUCUAUUGCGGAGUUGUUACAGGACACACCAAUGAGUAGAGAUCUAGAUUAUUCCACAGCUACUGAGACGUCCACGCCACAUUUCACCUAUAUGGCAGAUAACUUCUUGGCUAGUAAUUACAGUUUGGAUGAAAUUGCUGCGUUACCGAAUACUAAUGAGCAAAUUACCAUUAGUAACACAAAUAAUAACAAAGGUAACUUGAUGCAUUUUUCUGUCGGUCAAUCGAUGUUGUGUUUUAAUAACGAUAUUUUUGACGGUAGAAGGGAAAGCUUUGUUUCCGAUACUGUUACUCCGAUUAGUUCCAACACAAAUUCGCCAAGGAGUAAUUCUGUCAAUAAUAAUAAAAUUAACAGAAUCAACAACAUGAGGGCACAGAAACCUAAUAAUGUGAGGUUUAGUUUCAAUCAUGUAAAUUCAUCUCCUUUUGCUGUUGGUAGCUCUUCCAGUAUUGCAGAAGUCUCCAUGGAUUCGAUGUUUCCACCCUCGCCCACGAAGACACCAACGAAAAUGUUGCCAAAAACUAAGAGAAGGAAAUCCUCGUCAUCUUCUUCAAGUUCAGUUUCAUCUCUAACUCAAGAUCUUUUGUCGAUGAAAGAUAGAAGAUGCAUCUUUAAACCAGCCCCAAAGAAAAAAUCAGAGCUUUAUCUAAGGCCAGAAAGAAGAUGCCCAAAAUUCGAGUUUGGAAUUCGGUCGGAAGAUAAUGUUAUCAACGUAACGUUCCAAGGUGGGUUCAUCAGAAAUACCAUCAUGGAUUGGUAUUUCCCCAGUGACAGCGCUCUUCCUUCUAAUUUUCAAGAUGUGACAAUCGAAUACGAUCAUGAUUAUUACGCUAAAAUGUUGAACCAUAUAAAUACCCAAAUCGCUAUGCAAAAUGACCCCAACAUUUCAAGUUUCAGGACAUAUUGGAAAAUCUUGAAGUGUCAAACUGGGCCACAUAUCAAAUUGCAGUUCAUUUCUGAAACAUUAGAUUGCGAUGUUAAUUUUUCGAACACCCAAUAUUAUUUUAACAUUGUGUCGAGAAUCGUCAGACCUAAAAGUUUCGGCCCAAUAGAAAGCGGUGCUAGGUAUAGGGCCAAGAUGGUGAAUGACAUGAAAUCGGACGAUAGUACUGGCAAGCCGAGAUGGUGUCAUUUUAUCACCAGUGCUGAGAUGAAGGGGAUUUUAGAUUUCAUCUUUGAUGGUCUUGAUUACAUAGCUAAUGAUGACACUUUGCCAGAUAAAUUAUCCAAAGGUAUAAAACCAAAUCCGUUCAAGCAGCAUGAAUCUAGGAUAAGAUCUCAUAUGGUGGGGUAUGUUUCCGGUAAAAAAUGUAUGAAAGAUGCUAAGAAUGUACUAACUGGUGAAAGGAAAGUCUUUGCCGAGGAAAUGUAUAAGCAGGUCAUCGGAUAUGACGAUAAAAGGAGACCGUAUAACACUUUGAAGGAAUUUGCUGUUAUGGAGGUUAAAUAUAUGAUGGACAACAUUGAAGAUUUGUUUGGAAAAUUCUAUUGGGUCGAUCCCGGAACUGUGCCCACCGGAGGGUAUAAAGUCCGCUUCUGA